UUAUGAACGAAACUAUAGUUAGUACAGCGUUUUAUUAUUAUCAUUUCACCUUUGAACUUGCUAUUGCACGACUUAUGAUCGUGGCGUUGCCAAACUAGUGCCCUUUUGCAUUUUGUGUACUCUUGGUAGCUUCGGUGGCUUCUGCCAGACCUCAAAGAGAAGAAAGAGGUUUCGCCAACCCAGAAUACUACCACCAAAAGUCUCCAUUAAAUGACGUACCGAUCCUCCAUAUGGAAGUGAGCAACAAUGGAGAAGGAGCCUACAAGUUCGCAUAUGAGACUGGCAACAAAAUUGCCCAACAAGAAGCAGGUGAUGGAGCUACAGCUCAAGGAUCCUAUGCCUACACAGCACCAGACGGCCAGCAAAUCGCCAUGUCCUACGUUGCUGACGCCAACGGAUUCCACCCUCAAGGUUCCCACGUUCCAGUAGCACCUCCCAUGCCAGAACUCAUUAAGAGGGCGGUUGAACAGAACUUAGCUGACGAAGCAAGAGGUAUUUUCGAUGACGGUCAGUACAGGGAGCAACAGGAAGCACUGCCUGUACCUGCCCUUCCUCAGCAAUACCGAGUGUAAAUGAUAUUUUGCGAAAUUUUGCUUGUAUGGUCAUUGUAAAUAGUGUAGGU